CUCAUCCCUUCCUUGUCGAUGUUUGUCUUGGAGACCUGGAUGUAAACCAGUGCUGUCUUGUGAGAAAGCUAGUCCUGCCGACUCUCCUGUUCAGAAUAUUUUGCAACAAGGAAAACUCUGUUUGUGGACGACUUUUGACUUUGAAUAACCAUGGUGAUCUACACAGUGACGGCAUACACUGGAAACAGGACCUCAGCUGGCACAACUAGCUAUAUCUCCAUCCAAUUUCAAGGUCCUGAGGAGGAUAGUGAUAAUAUUCCUCUAAAUGGGGGAAUUCACGCUGUGGGCUUUCAUACAGGAUCAGAGCGGAAAUUUGAGGUACACUAUAAAAAAGCCCUGGGGGAGCUCGUACUUGUCAAAAUCCGCUCCAAGGCCUUUCUGGGUCUUGUCAACGAGUGGUUUUGCGAUAAGAUCUUGAUUACAACACCUGAAGGUGAUGAGAUGUUGUUUCCUUGCUACCGCUGGCUGGCCUGUAAUGAAAAGCUUGUUUUAAGACCUGCUAAAGCUUUGCUUGUGUUCAAGGACACCAACCAAGUAGCCCUUCAAGAAAGGAGAAGGCAGCUAGAAAAUCGACAGGAUGCAUUUAGGUGGAGUGUGUACGCUGAGGGCACCCCCCACAUUAUUGAUUUUGAUUCUGCCCUUGCUCUGCCUGCUGAACUCCGGUUCUCUUACACAAAGAAUAAUGAGUUUUUUUACACAGCAGGAAAGCAGUUAGCUCUUCUGAAGCUAAUAGGAUUAGCUGAUUGCAGAGAUUCGUGGGAAAGCAUCUGCCAAAUGGAGGCGCUCCUUUGCGGAACCAGAAAUGAAACCUUGAAAUAUGUUAUAGGGCACUGGGACAAGGACGAGUUCUUUGGCUACCAGUUUCUGAAUGGCCUCAACCCCAUGGUGAUCCAACGCUGCUCAAAGUUGCCUGAGAACUUCCCAGUCACAGAGGAGAUGGUCAAAAACCGUCUUGGAAAAAGCACCUUGACGGCAGAGAUAGAAAAUGGGAACAUCUUCCUGUGUGACUACAAGAUGCUGGAUGGACUCAUAGGAAAUGAGGUGAAUGGCGAACAGCAGUUUCUCACCGCUCCUCUGGUGCUGCUCCAUCUCAACCAUCAUGGCAAGAUGCUGCCCAUCGCCAUACAGUUGAAGCAAACCCCUGGACAUGAGAACCCCAUCUUUCUGCCCACUGACGAGCAUGACUGGCUGCUGGCUAAGAUCUUUGUGAGGGCCGCGGAGUUCAGCGUGCACGAGGUCGACUUUCACCUGCUGAGAACUCACUUGCUUGCUGAGGUGUUUACCGUGGCAAUGUUAAGGGACCUCCCCCCCAUACACCCCCUUUUCAAGCUCCUCAUUCCCCACACUCGUUAUACACUACACAUCAACAUCCUGGCACGUAAUAGGCUGAUUUCCGAGGAUGGAGCGAUAACAAUGUAUUCAGGCAUUGGUGGUUCGGCCUUAAGUAAGUUGUUGAGGCGUGCAACGGCCUCCCUGACCUACAGCUCCCUCUGUCUGCCUGACAACAUCUCCGAGAGAGGCCUGGAGGACGUUCCCAACUACUACUACAGAGAAGACGGCCUAAAACUGUGGAACAUCCUCCACAAGUAUGUUGAAGGAGUCUUGCAAUAUUACUACAAAUCUGACGAGGAUGUGCAGAAAGACACAGAACUGCAGAAAUGGAUCAGUGGGAUUUUCACCGAAGGAUUCCUGGGAAGGAAAAAAACAGGAAUACCUGAUUCAUUUGCGACAGUGAAAGAUCUCAUCAAGUUUGUUACCAUGGUGAUCUUCACUGCAUCAGCCCAACAUGCUGCUGUCAACAAUGGACAGUUUGACUUUGGUGGCUGGAUGCCCAACCUUCCCACUGCCCUCAGAAAGCCCCCUCCGAAGGUGAAAGGCCAGACCACGGAGAAGACCAUCCUGGAGACCUUACCUAAUAAGGGCACAACAGUGAAUGGAAUGGCAGUCCUGAAACUGCUAAGCUCAAAGUCAUCAGACCACUACCCUCUUGGAAGUUUCCCAGAAGAUCUGUUUGAUGAGGAUGGUCCUCGCAAUCACAUUGAGGAUUUUCAGAAGCAGCUGGAGAAGUUGUCGGGUGAAAUUGAGGGGCGUAACAAGUGCCUGGACCCUCCCUACACCUUUCUGAACCCCACAAAUGUGGACAACAGUGUGGCCAUUUGAGAGGAUACAAUAAUCAUUUUUUUUUAAUACAGUUGAGCCCAAAAUUAUUCAUACCCCCCGCAAAUAUUAAUUGAAUGUUGAUUUUCUCUUCACCAAUAUGUUUAUUCUGAUUAUACUGCCACAUCAAAAGGUUGUAAGACAAACUGCUAGAAACAUGGAAUCAGGGUUCUUCAUGGAAAUGUUUUAAAUAAUCAAUGGAAACAACUAGGCCUACACAUUGCAAUAGCCUGUGGAUUUGUUGUUUUGCGUUACAUAGUUUAAUUACAGUGCAUGUAAAGCAAUGCACUGUAUUGUAAUCUGUUGGCUUCUUUUUAUUAUUAUUAUUACAGUGUGUAGGAUGGGGCUGAAAAAGUGAACAGUGGAAAGUCUAAUAGUUUGCAAAAAAAAUCAUGGAUAAUAAUCAUGUAAUAUCAUAUAUAAUAUCAAAAUCAUGUUAAUCAUGUAACUGCUUAAAUCCAGCUUGCUCCAAAACAAAUAAAAAUGUGCGAAUGCUGCAACAAUAGAUAACCUGAGGGGAAAAAAUCAGACUUGGUGUUUUUGCUUAGACUUAAAGAAUGUUUGCUUAAGACAUAAGGUGUUUUGCUUAGAUUUAAAAGGUUUUGUUUUAGAAUCAAAGUGUGUUAUGUUUUAAUGAAAUGUGUUUUGAAGUGUAAGAAAAAGGCAUACUAGCAGUAAACAACUGUAGGCCAGUAAGGGGUCAAUGAGAAACCAACGGACAACGAAUUAGAGAACAAUUCGCUCAUGGCAGGAUGCGAUAAGAUCGAGCUAGAGCGUUCAGCCCACUUAAAAAAGUAUAAAAAGAGAACGGCCCCUUUUGAAUUCAGACUUCGCAGAGACGUAGGCUUGAAAGCAUUAUUUUUAUUUGUUGUACUUAAUAAAGUCAAAGCCCUAACUUUUGGUCAGGGGUUUUGUUAAAAAGAC